AUGUUUGGUGUUCGAUUAGUGGUGGUUGUUUUAAUUUUAGCGACUAGUCAAGCCUCAAAUACUCCGAAUUCUUCAGCAGUGGAAGUUUUACAGGAUAUUUAUUAUAGUUGCAUACAGGACUUUUCAUUUAGCUGUGCUAAACCAAAAGCUUUACAUUGGUUCAACGAUGUAGUCGAAAAUGAAAAGAUCAAAAUAACUGAUAAUUUGGUACUUGUUAAAAAGAAAAAUGAUGAAGAUAUUGAAGCGCGAGGUUUUUCCAAUGAUAUCUUCGAAAGAUUCGAAGAUUUCUUACAAUCACACGAUCUUGUGAUGUCUGCACCUGAAUUCCUACCGAGGUCCUUGGACACCAAAGAUAUCAGAGUUCCUCUUGCAGUUACAGGACGUUCGUCAAAGAUUGUCAAGAAAGUCAUUAUCCCUUUCCUAUUGGGUCUUAAAUUUAAAGCAGCUCUCCUAGUGCCUCUUGCCUUAGCGUUAAUUGCACUGAAGACAUGGAAAGCUUUAACUUUAGGUCUACUAUCGUUGGUAUUGACAGGAGCUUUAAUUAUUUUUAAAUUUACCAAAUCAAAGGUGAACUAUGAAGUUAUUCAUGUACCACAACAUAUUGAACAUCAUGUAGAGCAUCCUCCUGAAUCUUCGGGCUGGGAACAUCCAGGUUAUGGAAGACAAUUGAACGCGAAUGAGAUGGCAUACAACGCAUACCUGAGAUAA